CAAACUUUAAACGAAUCGUUCAAACUGCCUUGUGGGGCUUUUAAAAUUAAGGUAAUACGUUGGUCCAGAUUGUGACUGAUAUAUGUUUAAUGUUUAUUUGCAACCCAAGAUUGGUAAAUAGUAGUUUUUUGUCACUACCGUUAUGGAGUUCAAUGGAUGUCUCUGUGAAAUCUGAGCAACUGAUUCAAUGGAUAUCUUUGCCCUGUAUGGGGAUGGUGCUUUCGGGGCUAUAAUUGAAGUGGGUAGGCAUAAAUCUAUGUUUCAUGAAGUGGGCGCGGCUUGAAUUUUUUUUUUUUUUUUUUUUAGGUAGAUUAACCGCUUUGAACAGUAUGUGGGAAGGUACUGGUAUGUAUCUGAAUACUCUAAGAAAUUGAUGGAUUUAUUAUGUUUUUGAGAAGUGGGAGUAAGGGGAAACUUUGAUUCAGUCUGAAAUUAUUUAUCUCUUUUGAAUAUAUGUGAUUAUAGUAUUCAAAAAUACCCUCCAUUAGUUUCUGCACAUUUAUGCCCUUUCUAUGGCCCUAGUUAUGGCGAAUGCUUUCUUAAGUCCUAACUAGGCUUAAUAAUCCUUGAAAUUUUAGUAUGAAAGAUCAUUGUGCUUUCGCCCUGGUUCAAUCUGCGAAAGUAGCGGAGGAGUUUAAGCAUCCGGGCACCUGGGCCACUGAUUAAUUGUCCAGUGGAAGCUUAAUUGGUCCUAGUUUCAAUGAUCGCAAGAACCCUUCUUUCUUUUAUAGUUAUGGAUCCCACAAAUUUUAAUUUUUUUGGUGACAAUUGUUUCAACUCCAGUGUGCUGGUUGAUUCUUCUCAAUCACAAAGAUACUUUCUGAAUACCCCAAUACCCUAUUUGUCUCCAAGUCCUUCGAGCCUGAAUAGCCAAGUACCCUGUUUGUCUUCAAGCUUGUCAAGGGAGAAUCUGAGGCCAUUCCCCUUAUACAGUGAACUGGAGUUGAUUCCAGUUCAAUGUUUGAGAAGCAAUGAAUCAUUUUAUGAGUUAGAUGGGCGUGAGCAUUUUGAUGUUCCACGUUCGCUCUCAGAUCUUCAGAUGCCCUUAUGCAAUGUUAGAGACACAGUAUCUUAUCACCCCACAAAAACCAAUAUUAUACCAACUGAUGGGUUGGUAAGUAUUGAGCAAUCUGAUGAUUCAGACCCAUUCUCAGACCCAGUGCUGAAGUACAUCAAUGAUAUGCUGAUGAAUGAAGAUGUGGAGGAAAGACUAUGCAUGUACCAGGAGUGCAGUGCUCUUCAAGCUACUGUGAAGCCCUUUUAUGAUAUUCUUGGUGAGAAUUGCACCCUUUGUCCUCAUGUAGAUUCAUUGUCAUUUUCGCCCCCAAGCUGCAGUGACAACUUCUCGCAGUUACCAUCCAGCAGUAAGGUGGAUCAUAGGGAGAAUUUUGAUGAAGUGCUCCUUUCUGCAAGGAGAAAUGGGAAGAAUUUCUCAGUUAUACAGGAGUUAGUCCUGAAUAAUAGUAUGCAUAAAAGUGAGCAAAAGGAGUCAGAGAUGAUGUUAUCAAGGGGUAAGAAGCGCAAGGAAAUUGUGGACUUGAGAACCUUGCUAAUACAUUGUGCUCAAGCAGUUGCAGCUAAUGAUAAUCAAGGAGCUCAAGAAACUUUGAAGCAGAUAAGGCAGCAUUCUUCUCCUGAUGGAGAUGGGAAUCAACGUCUAGCUCAUUAUUUUGCCGAGAGUUUGGUUGCAAGGUUAUCUGGUACAGGUGGAUAUAUCUACACUAUGCUUUCUUCCAAUAGGCCAUCAGCAGCAGAGAUUCUUAAGGCAUACCAUCUUUAUAUGGUUGCAACCCCAUUCAUAAAAGUUUCUCAUUAUUUCUCUAAUCAGACAAUUCUAGAUGUUGCACAGAAUGUAAGCUCUCUACACAUUGUGGACUUUGGAAUUCUUUAUGGGUUUCAAUGGCCUUCUUUGAUACAACAAUUGGCUGAUCGUCCAAAUGGCCCUCCUAAGCUUAAAAUCACUGGGAUUGAUUUUCCUCAACCUGGUUGUAAUCCAGCAGAAAGAAUUGAAGAGACAGGAAUGAGGCUUGCAGAUUAUGCAAGAUCUUUCGGGGUACCAUUUGUGUAUCAAGCAAUAGCAAGUAAAUGGGAGGACGUAGAACCAGAAAGUCUUUCCUUGGAAGAUUAUGAGAUUUUGAUUGUAAACUGCUUUUACCGGAUGAGGAAUCUGAUGGAUGAAACAUUGAAUGUGGAGAGCCCAAAAAACAUUGUGUUGAGCAAGAUUAGAAGAAUGAACCCGUACAUUUUUAUUCAUGGUGUUGUGAAUGGUUCAUACGGUGCACCAUUUUUUAUCACACGGUUCAAGGAAGCACUUUUUCACUAUUCUGCUCUAUUUGAUAUAUUGGAAACUACAGUUCCUCAAGGUCAUCCUGAGAGGAUGGUGAUAGAGAAGGAAAUUUGGGGUAGAGAGGUUUUGAAUGUUGUCGCUUGUGAGGGGUUGGAGAGAGUGGAGAGACCAGAAGCUUACAAGCAAUGGCAAAUCAGAACACAAAGGUCAGGAUUUGUACAGUUAUGUCUUAAUCAGAUGAUAUUGUCUAGAGCCAGAGAGAGAUCAAAAGCAUAUUACCAUAAGAAUUUCAUGGUAGAAGAAGAUGGCAAAUGGAUGCUAUUGGGCUGGAAGGGAAGAAUAAUACUUGGUCUUUCGACAUGGAAAUCCUCAAGAUGAAAUGAAGAACAGUAGAGCAGAAAGGCUAAGUUAGUGGUGCUCAAGUGGUUUGUGUGCUGCAAUAGCUUGCCACAUAUUAAAAUAUUGGACUUGAUGGAGUAGGCAUAUCUGGAUAUGGCCUAAAUAACUUGUAGAUCUCGAGCUUCCCAUUAUUACCUCAUCAGUGUUAGCACAGAGUAGAAGCUUUUAAUUGCUUCAGAUGGAAAUAUUUCCCUUCCUCAAUUUUGGUCCAUGCUCCACGAAAGAGCUCAGCAAAUGCAUAUUUUCUUUGUAAUGAGAACAUAUAUUUGUGAAAUUCACUGUGCUAAUGGUCUGACAAACUCGCAUUACUAGGGUGUGUUCACUGUAACAUUCCAACCAGCCAGCUGGCUUCCCAGUUGCCUUAAUAGUUGAUAAUUAAGGGAAUCUGCAUAUUACAUGUAAACAUUUUAUUUCAAGUGGCAAGAAUCUAUCUGUAUGGCAUGUCUGAAA